CUUCCUUGUUGGACCGGGUAGGAAAUGGGAUUCAUCUGCUAAUAUUCUCCUUGUGUUCUUUUCUAGUUCUGGGUUGCUGAUCCAGUUCUAUUUUUCUUUCUUUAUAUAUAUAAUACUAACCAGACUCUAAUUUACUAUUUUUUCCACUUUAGAACCUUGGUUAUCGUACUUGUUCUGGCUCGUAAUCUGGUUUUGAACCGGAUUCAUCACGUGAAAAUUUCAAAAAAUUGUUAAUAAUUUAUUUCCUUCUUACUCCUCUUUUUAUCCUUUAUCACUCUCGCCCCUUCUUUCCCAUUUCAACCUGUCCACAAGCUCUCACGUCGCCACCUGAUCUUUGUCCUUUUUUAAUCUCUAUUUCAGCGAUUCUUUUGAGUGGAGAUAUGUUGGGUUCUUGUGAGAAGCUGGUCAUCUCUUCUAACUCGAACGAAUGGCCACAGAAAGCAGAUGAGACGGGAUUGAUGGCUUCAAGUGGAAGGAUCAUGGAGAAACCUGCCCCAGAGCAGGCCCUCAAGUGUCCUCGUUGUGAUUCCUCCAACACCAAAUUCUGUUACUAUAACAACUACAGCUUAUCUCAGCCUAGGCAUUUCUGCAAAGCCUGUAAGCGUUACUGGACCAGAGGUGGAACGUUGCGUAACGUUCCGGUCGGCGGAGGGUGCCGGAAGAACAAGAGGGUGAAGAGGUCCUCAACAUCUACUGAUGCUUCUUCUUCUUCUUCUUCUCAGCCUACCAGAACGCAACCAUCACCGCCACCACCUCCCCCUCCUCGGAUCGAUGUGUCUACGGCUUCCAACCACAUUAGUUCUUUGUUUUACGGCCUACCCACCACUCCUUCUGACAUUAAUCUUCCAUUUCCGAGCUUCCACUCAAGAGUUUCUAACGUGGACACUUCAUGUACUGGCUACAAUCUCCAGCCUCAAUUGAAUGCUCUCGGACUGGGCUUCUCGUCGACCACUUUGACUAGUGGGGAUGCCCACGGAGACGAAUACCGAACUGGGUUUAAUCCUAGCACUCAAAUCCAAGAUGUUGUUACUUCGAAUUCUCUUCUCUCGAACUACUCAUCACUCCUUGGAUCUUCAUCUUCUACAUCAACCGCUUCUCUACUAGCUUCUAGCCUUCAGCAGCAAAGACUCAUCUUGGGUAGUCUGAAUCUGAAGGAGAGGCGAUCGGCAAAUAGCUUUCAGGCCUUGUUACCCUUUGAAGACCUACAGGUGGCCGGGAACGGCGAUCCUGGGAUGGUAGUGAAAGAAGUGAAGAAGGAAGAAGUGAACGGAAGAAUGAGCAGCAACGUGGAUUGGAAUGUCCCUUGCCAGAAUCCAGUAGAAGCAGUUGGAUCAACCGAUCCAUCUCUCUAUUGGAACUCGACAACUGUUGGUGCUUGGCCUGAUCUCAACAAUUUUGGGUCUUCAGUCACCUCUUUGAUUUGAUCAUCAGGGCCAAAAGAAAAACAAUAUGAUCAUCAUCUAUCAUUCAUGAAUCAUGACUUCCUCUCUCUCUUUUUAAAUCCUAUUGGUCUUUUUAUUUAGUUAGGUUUUCUGUGGGUUAAUUUCUUCUUGUAGUGAACUUCAUGCCAACAGCAUGGAAUGGUGGAAAUUCAGAAACAAGGAAUUUGGAAUGAAGCCUACAACGGGAGGAGAUCAGAUCGGAGCGAUCAUGUCAGUUGCAAACACCACAGCCUGUUCUUUUAGUCUUCAAGGUUGACAUAAACUGUUUGCUCUGAGAGGAACCUCGGAUCAUCUUCCUCUCAUCGUCUCUGAAUCAUCGUCAUCAUCAAUUAAAGUGCUUAAGGGUUUCCUUGGGGGAAGGAUCCUUGAGAAAAAAAAAAAAAAAAAGAAAAGGUGCAUUUCCUGUAUGUAUAUAAGCAUGACAUUGCAUUUCUUUCUAAUGUAUAUGUCAUUAGGUGGUGGGGCAAAAGGGGGUUAAUGGAUAUACAUGUUGCAGUCCUCAAGGAAGAACUAAUAAGUUCUCUCUCUCUCUCUCUCUCCCUCCUAAUUCUUUUUCUUUCUUCCUUAUUGUUUUGGUUCAUGGGAAAGGAUUGGGUAUAGUACUAUAGAAGAGAGGAAGAUUUGUUAAUGCAAUGUGGAGUAGUCAAUGUGGUUGGACAAUGUUACAUGUUGUUAAUUAACUUUGGUUGGUUUCCUGAUAGUGUUGAUAAAAGCUGUGGUUUUGCGGUA